ACACGCAACAGUUUCCGGCCAGUUGUGAAAUAAACAUGGCGUGAGAAGAAGCGACGCAGCGCCGGUGAAACUGAACGCUAUGCUGCUGCUUCAGCUGCUUCAGCUCGUCUCUGCACUAGCGACGCUGCUGUGUGUGUCUGAGGGAUACACCAUCAGAAGCGCGGUCUCGUGGGCUGUCAGCAGUGAUGUGGUGGAGGAGGAAGAGCUGGACACGCUCUCGGACGAGGCGCCCGCUGUGCUCGGCAUCUGGGAACAAGCCUAUCCGUCCUCCGUGUACCGGGACGCGUCAGAGAACAAACCCGAGCAGAUAUCGAAGAGCGAGGACGUGUCAUCCGCGUCCCGUGUGUUCUCGUACCGAAUGGAGGAGGUGAAGGUGCCGUCCAGCAUCCCCCCACCUCCACCUCCUCCACCUCACGAGCAGGCGGCGAGAGCAGCGCGGUACCUGGCGCGCUAUAGCGACUGGGGUCACCUAGCAACCGUCUCCACCCAGGAGCAGAUUAAAGGACUUCCAUUCGGAAACAUUUUCUCUGUAAGCGACGGUCCAGCUGACAACAGCACUGGCGUUCCUUAUUUUUAUGUGACACCGAUGGACGACACUGUAACGGAUCUCCGCAGCUUCCCUUUUGCCUCCUUGACAUUUUCCGAGGCAGAGGGAGAUUUCUGCAGGAAGCAUGUUUAUGACCCUGAGGACCCCAGGUGUGCUAGACUCACUUUAACUGGUAAAAUGGUGGAGGUGGGACCAGAGGAGCUUGACUUUGCCAAAGAGGCUAUGUUCUCCAGGCACCCUGUCAUGAAGAAGUGGCCCCCUGAACACGAUUGGUUUUUCAUGAAGCUGGUUCUGCAGCAGGUUUGGCUGCAGCACUGGGUUGGAGGAGUCUCUGUCGUUCCGCUUGAGGAGUAUUUCAAAGCAACACCUUUCUGAGAAAAAGUGCAACAAUCUAUAAUGAAAACAGAACGAGAAGAACUGAACUGAUUGUACAGAAGGUGGUUAUGUUUUUGUUUCUUUGUUUCUUCUUCUGAACAUGUUCCUGCGGAUUUAUUGAAUGUAUCAAUUAUGUUCAAGGAUGCCUAACAUUGUCUAUAGAACAAUUUCACAGUUACUUAAGGUUGAAGACUUUUAUCACGAAUAGACUAUAUAGACACUGUAUUGAAAGGAAAGCUAUUCAUUCAUUAUAAAAGAACAAAUCACUCAUACACAAAGAAAAGGUAUAUACUAAAUAGUUUUUGAAAAGGUAUAUACUAAGUAGUGUUUGCCUGUUUUCUCUGAAACCCACUUUACUGUAUAUAUCCUUGUAGGUCUGACAAUUCCUGAACUCAAGUUAAGUGUGCGUGCGUGCAAAUGAGAGACUUUUUCAUUAGUAUUUAUGGCAUCUAAUGCUUUUCAAGUUCAGU